AUAAAGCCGAGACGACGGCGGUGGUGGCGGUGAGCGCGUCGGAGCCUGCGCCGAGAACAUGCGGCGGGGAUGGGAGUGUGCCUAACCCCGAGGAGGGACAGCCAGCCGCUGGCUGCGGGCCCCGCGACCACAGAACCCGAGCCCUGCUGCGGAGCUCCUGGGGGCCCGGCUUCGAGGCGCUGUAGCGAGGCCGCGCGUCCCUGCCAGCGCGCAUCAUGAACACCAUCGUCUUCAACAAGCUUGGGGAGCCGUGCUUUUUGAGGACCGAGGCACCUCAGAGCGGGAACGUGGCAGCCGGCCAUACGGUGGCGUUCUGGACAAUCCACACACACGCCCGGAGGGCCCGGCAGAAUGGAGGGAAGGUGAGGCACAAGCGACAGGCCCUGCAAGACAUGGCAAGGCCUCUUAAGCAGUGGCUGUAUAAGCACCGGGACAACCCGUACCCCACGAAGACGGAGAAGAUAUUGUUGGCCCUCGGCUCGCAGAUGACGCUAGUGCAGAAUACAGUUUUAGAGAAAACCAUCUGCUUUCCCUUCCUAUCAACAGGAAAUUGUAAUAAUGGUGAUUUGCUAUAGCACUGGAGGCAAGAAGUAAUUCUGUAUUCUUGGCUUGAGAUCUGUUUAACACAAAACUCUGAACCUUACAAAAGCAGUUUCUAAAUAGUUAUUACAAUCAGAAAAGCUUGACUUAUGAAAAUAAAGACAUAUGCUCUAAGGUUAAUUUAAACAGGCCUUUUACUUAUCCUGGAUAUAUGCCUGCUUACAGAGACGCUUGAAUACUAGAAGUAAGUUCAACUAUAAAAUACAUUACUUGAUCAUGUGGCUUUCCUGAUGCUCAUAUGUAAAGCAAGUCUAUUUGACAUGUUCUUAAAAACAGUGUUUGGUGAUUAAAAAGUAACAUUUACAGUUAUAUGAGAGAAAUUUAAAUUAUUGUAUUUUAAUUGUUAGCUUGAAUGAACUGAAAUACAGUUGUACUUUGAACUUAGUUAUAUAGUUACUUGCCACUUGUAACAAUAGUUUCAACAUAAAUAACUGCUUUCACACUUAUAUCUUAGUAACAUUAUUACAUUUUUGUAACUUAUGUGAAAUUAUCAUUCAAAAAACUUUUAUUCUUUUAUACCAUUCAGAACAUAAAAUAUUUAAUUCUUAAUUGUAGCAAAGAUUGCAAUAUUAGAUGGUACAUGUGUAACAAUGUUUUUUCUAUUAUUUUCAGAGAGAUAAAUCUCUUAAACUUUAAAAUGAUAAGUGGAAAACUUGAAAUGCAUAAAAUUACCACCCAAGGACCUUAUUUAUAACCCAUCUUAGGUCCAGUUAUUUUCAACUGCACAAUGGCGUAUGCAAAAGAUAUACAUAAUAUUUGAUGUAUACCCACACAUUCAUUUAUAUAUGAAUUUAUGUAAGUCAGACAUAAAUUAGACAUCCAAAGCAUAUCCCAGAUUUAUGGAAACUGCAUAAAUUAUGGAAAUACUUUACACUUCUGGAGAGAAAGCAUAGAGCUGUGAUGUGAGUCAAGCUUUUGAUCCUGGCAAAUUAGACUCCUCCGUGUCCUGAGUCAGGCUCUCCUGUGAGUCACUUUCUCCUGCGGAGUGAACUUCUUGAGAAGAGUGGUCAUGUCUUACUCAUGGGCUUCACCCCAUAGGAUGACUGUUUCCAUGUAGCAUACUGUCCCUACAUGCUUGUAGAUCGAAUAGCUUCCUUCUGGGAAAUAGCAUCCGAGUCACACAUAGCUUUCCAGAAUGUCUUUCUGACAGUUACAGGAUGUCUUGAGCUCUAGUUUUAGUUUCAGAACGGAGCAGAGAACACACAGCUUAUUAGCUUCAUCCUGUAGCAUGAGUCUUCAGAACAUGCACGAGUCUGACUCACUUUAUUUUCCAAUUGUCUGCAAAUCUACCAUAUGCGUGUGCCUGCAGGGAGAUGUGAGAGGCUGCCCUUGCUUCUGCCUGCGCUCUUUAUUCUUGUCCACUACAGGGCCUCCUCUCGUUUCUUCAUCAUGGUUUAUUGCAACAGGUUGUCACCAUAACUAUUUUAUUCCUCAGCAAAAUAUUUUAAGUUUGGGCAUUUAUUUUGCAUUUAACAUCCCUCUAAGUGUGUGUCAAACUUUUCCUAGAUUGUACUUUUCUUUUCCUUUGCUCCUCUUAAACUGCCAAGGGAAGGGAUGAAGCCUAGUCAGCAGUCUCCCAUGAAGCAUGGAAGUAAAAAGAUGGAAAUAUGUCUUAGUAGUUUUUCUGAUACAUAGAAUCCCAGAGGACAUGGGUU